AUGGCCUUACCUAUCAGUGAAUAUCUAAAAUCUACGGCAGUCAGAUUGAUCAGUGAAUCUAGUGCCUACACUGGAUUCAUCGUUGGGAUUCGAGAAGAGGGCGCUUUUAUCCUUACUUGUGCCCAUGCCUGCGCUAAUCUAGGGCCAACAGACAUGGACUGCGUGGUAGAGGGAAGGCGUUAUCGCUACCCAGCCAUUAGGCUACAAUGGGCAAUGGACGGAACCGGACAACCAUUUGACGUCGCUCUGUUUUUCGCAUUCUCCCGCGUCGCAUUCAAAAAGAGAGGUUCGCUACAGUGGCGCGUCCCAGAUGUCCCUCGGGAAUACCUGGGCAAAACUCUUGCAGCUUACGCCGACACAAAGAUUAGAAUAUAUGGAUACCCUAAUGGAUCUCCCGCUUUCCUAGAUGCGGUAAUUACCGAAACUGUGGAAGCAGAAGCUCUCUACUUCGCAGGGCAAGCAUCACACAGCUUUCUUUCCGCUAAGCCGACGCCUGAGUCUUUAAAGUUGAUGUGUGGGGGGCUAUCUGGAUCCCCAGUUGUGAGCUUAGAAGGAGAUUUUGUCGGUGUCGCUGUUAGAGGCCGUCAUGUGAGCAAUGAGCUUGAAUUGUUGAUGGUUCCUGCUGUGCUGAUCAUGAACUUCGUGUCAAGCGGCACCAACAGCGCUCCACAUCUCGGGCCGAUCCGCUAUCGGAAGCUGCUGAUAAACACAUGGUGGAGGGGCGUUCAAACGAAUAUCCGUAGACACCAAGCAAAUGUGCUGGCACAACUAUCGAAGACUAUACCGCUACCAAAGAGCCUCUGUUAG